GACAGAGAAAGAGGCGGAGAUGGCGCUGGUGUCGGCGGAUACGAGAAUCUCUGAGCUGCUCAGUGAGUUGCACCAACUCAUCAAACAGACCCAGGAGGAACGCUCGAGGAGUGAGCACAACCUGGUGAACAUACAGAAGACGCACGAGCGGAUGCAGACUGAGAACAAGAUCUCCCCCUAUUACCGAACCAAACUCCGAGGUCUCUACACCACAGCCAAGGCCGACGCAGAGGCAGAGUGCAACAUCCUGCGCCGGUCCCUGGAUAAAAUCGCAGAGAUCAAGUCCCUGCUGGAGGAACGGCGCAUCGCUGCCAAGAUAGCCGGCCUCUACCACGACUCGGAGCCCCCCCGCAAAACCAUGAGACGGGGCGUCCUAAUGACUCUGCUGCAGCAGUCGGCCAUGACUCUGCCUCUCUGGAUCGGGAAACCCGGGGAAAAGCCGCCGCCCCUUUGUGGCGCCAUCCCAGCGUCCAGUGACUACGUGGCCAAACCGGGCGACAAGGUGGCGGCUCGGGUAAAGGCGGUGGACGGGGAUGAGCAGUGGAUCCUGGCUGAAGUGGUCAGUUACAGCCAUGCCGCUAACAAGUACGAAGUGGACGAUAUUGACGAGGAGGGUAAAGAGCGCCACACCCUCAGCCGCCGGCGGAUCAUCCCGCUGCCCCAGUGGAAAGCCAACCCCGAGACCGACCCAGAGGCGCUGUUCCAGAAAGAUCAGCUGGUGCUGGCGCUGUACCCCCAGACGACCUGCUUCUACCGGGCGCUGAUCCACACUCCUCCGCAGCGGCCGCAGGACGACUACUCGGUGCUGUUCGAGGACACCUCCUACGCGGACGGAUAUUCUCCCCCCCUGAACGUCGCCCAGAGAUACGUCGUGGCCUGCAAGGAGCCAAAGAAGAAGUGACAGAUCCCCGGCCCCGCCCACAUCCGCGCCGGCACCGCCCAAUAGCCACGCAGAACCAGGUGCAGCUUAUCCCUGUCUGUGUUGUUACCGUGGUUCUGACUCCAUCUGGACCUUUCUUGUGGUUCUGUUGCCCGGACUCUCCCCGCCCCCCCGUUAUGGACACUGCCGGGGGGCGGGGCCCAUUUGUGACUCGUUGCCAAACUCCAUUUUGCUUCACCACUUCCUAUUUUUUUAAAUACAGCAAAAUUUAUAGUUAAAAUAUUAAAGAACCAGGAACCCGUUUCA